AACACAACCACAACUACUACAACAUCUACAACUACAACUACACCAAGAAACAUCACAGACUAUACCUGCAGUCACAGUCACAGUCACAGUCACAGUCACACACACAGACGCAACAGUCUAGAAUCAACAUCACCAACAUCACCACUUCUUCUUCAACUACAUCCACAAUGGAGCCCUCACCUCGACACUCCCGCUCCUCCUCGUCUGCCUCGCGACGAUCAAACCUCACCCUCGACCUCUCGUCCAUCCCGCCCAUGACACCACCCACGCCCCCCUCAAACACCCUCCUCCUCACCAACCUCGCCGACCCGGCCAUCUUCCUCCCCGAGAACCUCGACGUCAUCCGCGACCUCAUCUCCCAAUCGGCCACCAUCCACGCCUUCUCCCCGCUUAAGUCGUUCCGACGCAUCAUCGUCUCCUUCUACGACGAGCAGUCCGCCAUCGCCGUCCGACAGAUCUGGGACAACGAGGCCAUCAUGGGUCAGCAGUGCCGUGUCUACUUUGGCAAGCCUACACCUGUCGACCAGCGAGAUGAGCAUCUUGCUCUCCCCGACGCCGGCAAGCUCUUCUUCAUCUCUCCUCCUCCUAGCCCUCCCCACGGCUGGGAGGACCGUCUCGAGGACGCUCCCAACAAGCUCGUGCACGCCGAGGACCUGGCCGACGCUCUGGCUAAGCUUCACCACCGCCCCGGCCCCGUCGACGACGUUGCCAGCUCGCCCAUCACGCCUCCCGACUCUGCUCUUCCCGGCCGCACUCGCUCGCGCUCCUCCACGCUCAUCUACAAGCCCAACGAGGAGAGCAGCAUGCCCGCCGUCUUUGUCGAGGACAUGACUGAUGAGCCCUGCGCGUACAGCCCCGUGGAGGAGCCCACCAAGCCCAUCAUGGCUCACACUGCUCGGCCACCUGUUGAGCUUAUGAGCGACGCUUAAGUGGCUUGACUAGCAGUGGGAUGAGCAUCUACAGAUCGAGAAUCAUGCAACAGAUUCUUUCUAGUCUUUAAGGCGUUUCACAGGGGAUCGGUGACACACGGGAGGGUUCGGCUGGUGACAGGAUCGAGCGGGUCAUUUUCAUAUCGGAUCGUACGGGAGCAUUUUCAGCAUUGGUUCUUUGUAUCGCUGGAGUUGGGUAAAAACAAGCAUCUUUAUAUUUGUCUGCGUAUUGCAGACUUGGUGGGUUAUCUACACCAGCAAAGUGCCCUAUCUGGUCUUUGCUUGGCUGGCCCAGAUAGGAGCCUCUGUACUAUAGCUAUUCGGAAAUAUUAAUAUCUGAAACC